AUGGCCGAGAGCAUUCAGAAUGGCGUUUUUCGACGCAAUAACACAGUGCCUCCAGCGGAUAACGGAGUCAUGUCCCUGUUCUCUCUAACGGGCAGGACGGCGAUUAUAUCAGGUGCGGGGGGAGGAAUUGGCCUGGCUGCGGCCAAAGCCUUCGCUGAAGCAGGUGCCAAUGUGGCCAUUUGGUACAACACAAAUAGCGAGGCUAUUGAGAAGGCCGCCAGCAUUGAGAGAGCCUUUAAUGUCAAAUGCAGAGCAUAUAAAGUUGACGUCACAUCUUGCGAUGAAGUGGAAGCGGCAGUAGACGCAAUUGUAAAAGAGUUUGGCGGACGUCUCGAUAUCUUUGUCGCGAAUUCAGGCACCUCCUGGGGAGAUGAGGCAUUCAUCGAUGCGGAUAUUAGCAGAUACCAUGAUCUCAUGAAAAUCAAUGCUGAUGGCGUCGUUUAUUGCGCACGCGCUGCUGGCAAGCACUUUCGUCGCCAAAAAAUGGAGGGUACAACAACAGAUGGAUCAAAAUUGACCAAUUUCUCAAGUGGCAGCUUCAUUGCAACUGCAAGCAUGUCUGGGCAUAUUGUUAAUAUUCCUCGGCGCCAGGCGGCAUACAAUGCCUCUAAAGCGCAUAUUAUUCAUUUUUGUGAGUGCAAAUCUCUUGCAAUUGAGUGGCUUAGAUUCGCUCGUGUCAACAGCGUCUCUCCUGGAUAUGUAACUACUGGCUUGUCAGGGGCAGUAGCAGAGGAGACCAUGAACUCGAUCAGGGAUAAAAUCCCGAUGGGCCGUUUUGGCGAGACAGUUGAGAUGCAAGGCAUCUAUCUAUACUUGGCUUCUGAUGCCUCCUCUUACGCAACCGGAGCCGAUUUUAUCGUUGAUGGUGGUUAUACUGCUCCGUAG